UGAACUCGGCACGGGGCGGAGAGAAAGGGCGCGCUAUGUGCGCGCGGAUCCUUCCGACGUCGGCGCGGGCGGGCGACUCCGCCUGGCCUAGGGCUCCUCUGCCCCGCCCCGCUGCCCGCGCCGUUGUGGCGUCUACUUCCGGGCCCUCACCACCUUUAGCGAAACCAACGAGAAGAAACCGCCUGCAUCUAGAGCAGCCCGACCAGGAACGUAACCGAGUGGCCCGCGAACGUGAGAGGAAAGCCGUGCGCGGCUGCGCUUUCCCGCCCCUGAGCCUCUCUAGACGCGGGAAAAAUGCUUUUUGAAAGCAGUUCAUUUUUGAAGGGUGUAAUGCUUGGAAGCAUUUUCUGUGCCUUGAUCACUAUGCUAGGACACAUUAGGAUUGGUCAUGGAAAUAGAAUGCACAACCAUGAGCAUCAUCACCUACAAGCUCCUAAUAAAGAAGAUAUCUUGAAAAUUUCAGAGGAUGAACGCAUGGAGCUCAGUAAGAGCUUUCGAGUAUACUGUAUCAUCCUUGUCAAACCCAAAGAUGUGAGUCUCUGGGCUGCAGUGAAGGAGACUUGGACCAAACACUGUGACAAAGCAGAGUUCUUCAGUUCUGAAAAUGUUAAAGUGUUUGAGUCAAUUAACAUGGAAACAAAUGACAUGUGGUUAAUGAUGAGAAAAGCUUACGAAUACGCCUUUGAUAAAUAUAGAGACCAAUACAACUGGUUCUUCCUUGCACGCCCCACUACGUUUGCUAUUAUUGAAAACUUAAAGUACUUUUUGUUAAAGAAGGAUCCAUCACAACCUUUCUAUCUAGGCCACACUAUAAAAUCUGGAGACCUCGAGUAUGUGAGUAUGGAAGGAGGAAUUGUCUUAAGUGUAGAAUCAAUGAAAAGACUUAACAGCCUUCUCAGUAUUCCUGAAAAGUGUCCUGAACGGGGAGGGAUGAUUUGGAAGAUAUCUGAAGAUAAGCAGCUAGCAGUCUGCCUGAAAUACGCUGGAGUAUUUGCAGAAAAUGCAGAAGAUGCUGAAGGAAAAGAUGUAUUUAACACCAAGUCUGUUGGGCUUUUUAUUAAAGAGGCAAUGACUAAUCACCCCAACCAGGUAGUAGAAGGAUGUUGUUCAGAUAUGGCUGUUACUUUUAAUGGACUGACGCCUAAUCAGAUGCACGUAAUGAUGUAUGGGAUAUACCGUCUUAGGGCAUUUGGGCAUAUUUUCAAUGAUGCAUUGGUUUUCCUACCUCCAAAUGGUUCUGAUAAUGACUGAGAAGUGAAAC